UGCCCUGAGGAGCCUGUUUUUCCUGAAUAUUCAUGAGGGAGGCGGGCCGACGCCGCUUCAAGCCGCGACCGGCGCCAUGAAGCUCAACGUGGACGGGCUGCUGGUCUACUUCCCUUACGACUACAUCUACCCGGAGCAGUUCUCGUACAUGCUGGAGCUCAAACGCACGCUGGAUGCCAAGGGUCAUGGAGUCCUGGAGAUGCCCUCAGGCACUGGGAAGACAGUGUCUCUGUUGGCCCUGAUCAUGGCAUACCAGCGGGCGUAUCCCCUGGAGGUGACUAAACUCAUCUACUGCUCGAGGACUGUGCCUGAGAUUGAGAAGGUGAUUGAAGAGCUUCGAAAGUUACUCAGCUUCUAUGAGAAACAGGAGGGCGAGAAGCUGCCAUUUUUGGGGCUGGCUCUGAGCUCCCGGAAGAACCUGUGCAUUCAUCCCGAGGUGACGCCCCUGCGCUUUGGGAAGGACGUGGACGGGAAAUGCCACAGCCUCACGGCCUCGUACGUGCGGGCGCAGUACCAGCGGGACUCCAGCCUGCCCCACUGCCGCUUCUACGAGGAGUUUGAUGUCCACGGGCGCCAGGUGCCCCUCCCGACAGGCAUCUACAACCUGGACGACCUGAAGGCCGUGGGGCGGCGCCAGGGCUGGUGCCCGUACUUCCUGGCCCGAUAUUCAAUCCUGCACGCCAACGUGGUGGUCUACAGCUACCACUACCUGCUGGACCCCAAGAUUGCCGACCUGGUGUCCAAGGAGCUGGCCCGCAAGGCCGUGGUAGUCUUUGACGAGGCCCACAACAUCGACAACGUCUGCAUCGACUCCAUGAGCGUCAACCUCACCCGCCGCACCCUGGAUCGGUGCCAGGCCAACCUGGAGACCCUGCAGAAGACAGUGCUCAGGAUCAAGGAGACGGACGAGCAGCGGCUGCGGGAGGAGUACCGCCGCCUGGUGGAGGGGCUGCGGGAGGCCAGCGCCGCCCGGGAGACCGAUGCCCACCUGGCCAACCCUGUGCUGCCCGACGAAGUGCUGCAGGAGGCGGUGCCCGGCUCCAUCCGCACGGCCGAGCACUUCCUGGGCUUCCUGCGCCGCCUGCUAGAGUACGUCAAGUGGCGCCUGCGGGUGCAGCACGUGGUCCAGGAGAGCCCGCCCGCCUUCCUCAGUGGCCUGGCCCAGCGCGUGUGCAUCCAGCGCAAGCCCCUCAGGUUCUGCGCCGAGCGCCUCCGCUCCCUCCUGCACACCUUGGAGAUCGCAGACCUCACCGACUUCUCCCCACUCACCCUCCUCACUAACUUCGCCACGCUCGUCAGCACCUACGCCAAGGGUUUCACCAUCAUCAUCGAGCCCUUCGACGACAGGACCCCGACCAUUGCCAACCCCAUCCUGCACUUCAGCUGCAUGGAUGCCUCGCUGGCCAUCAAACCUGUGUUCGAGCGCUUCCAGUCAGUUAUCAUCACAUCCGGGACACUGUCCCCGCUGGACAUCUACCCCAAGAUCCUGGACUUCCAUCCCGUCACCAUGGCAACCUUCACCAUGACGUUGGCCCGGGUCUGCCUCUGCCCCAUGAUCAUCGGCCGUGGCAAUGACCAGGUGGCCAUCAGCUCCAAGUUUGAGACCCGGGAAGAUAUUGCGGUGAUCCGGAACUACGGAAACCUCCUGCUGGAGAUGUCCGCCGUGGUCCCUGAUGGCAUCGUGGCCUUCUUCACCAGCUACCAGUACAUGGAGAGCACCGUGGCCUCCUGGUACGAGCAGGGCAUCCUGGAGAACAUCCAGAGGAACAAGCUGCUCUUCAUCGAGACCCAGGAUGGGGCUGAGACCAGCGUCGCCCUGGAGAAGUACCAGGAGGCCUGCGAGAACGGCCGCGGGGCCAUCCUGCUCUCGGUGGCCCGAGGCAAGGUGUCGGAGGGAAUCGACUUUGUGCACCACUAUGGGCGGGCCGUCAUCAUGUUUGGGGUGCCCUACGUCUACACUCAGAGCCGCAUUCUCAAGGCACGGCUGGAAUACCUUCGGGACCAGUUCCAGAUUCGUGAGAAUGACUUUCUCACCUUUGACGCCAUGCGCCACGCCGCCCAGUGUGUGGGUCGGGCCAUCAGGGGCAAGACGGACUAUGGCUUGAUGGUCUUUGCCGACAAGCGGUUUGCUCGGGCUGACAAGCGGGGGAAGCUGCCCCGGUGGAUCCAGGAGCACCUCACGGAUGCCAACCUCAACCUGACCGUCGACGAGGGGGUCCAAGUCGCCAAGUACUUCCUGAGGCAGAUGGCACAGCCCUUCCACCGGGAGGACCAGCUGGGCCUGUCCCUGCUCAGCCUGGAGCAGCUGGAGUCGGAGGAGACGCUGCGGAGGAUUGAGCAGAUUGCCCAGCAGCUGUAGCGCCAGGCGGGGCCGUGAUGCCCGAGCCUUAGCCGGCCCGGGUCCUGGUGCUCGGAGGGGCCUCCGGGAGAGGCCUGGAGGUCCCCAGAGGACACCUCAGGCAGACCUUCUAGCUGCCAGAUCUACAGCCUUUAAUCUCGGGAGCGGAGCUCAGGGAGGCCGGAGCCGUGGGAAGCCAUCAGGGAGAGGAGAGGACUCCCUCCCCUCGCCCACCCCUCCCGCUCCUCCUGAGAAGCCGCAGCCACGUGGUCCUGUCGCCUCUAGCGGGGGCCCAGGUCCUGGGUGCUGGCGCUGAGGGUCCGCGAGGCCUCGCUCAGGUGCUGCCUGGGGAACUGGGGACAGGCGGGGGCGGGUGAGGGCGGGACACGGGGCUGCCCCAGCGCA